AUGAGGGCAGAAGAAGGCUUCCAGUUCGAGCGCUUCCGCGUAGCCUCGCCGUGGUCUUCGGAUCCAGCUCUGCGUCUGACUAUUCUCCGACUCUUCUCUUCCGGCAAAUACCCCCUCGGCACCUCUGAGAUCAAACGACUCUUCGACGAUCUCACCUCGUUCGGCAAACGUGUCGAAGGAGAGUACGCCGACAUCGCAGCAACGCUCGACACCCCUCAACACGAACCCACCCUCGUCCAGUACGACGCGUGGGGCAAACGAGUCGACAAGCUCGUGACCGGCGAAGGAUGGAAGCGCCUCAAAGGAGUUUGCGCCUCCGACGCCAUUGUUGCCGAAUCUUACGCUCGACCUGAAGCAAAGUUUGGCGGAGGCCGGGACAAGCUGGGACAGCAUGCGAGGCUGUAUGCGUUUACGAGGAGUGUCAUGUUCGCACCUGUUUCCAAGGUUGUUCUGUGUCCGAUCAGUAUGACGGAUGGAGCGGUGAGGGUGUUGGAGCUGUUCGGAACGGAGAAGCAGAAGCAGGAGAACAUUCCGAAGCUGUGCAGUACGGAUCCGAGCGCGGCGUGGACAGCCGGUCAGUGGAUGACAGAGCGUCCGGGUGGAUCGGAUGUGUCACGAACCGAAACCGUCGCACGCCCAAUCGAUGCCAACAAGAAACCGGAAGCUGGCGAUAAGUUCGUCAUCAGCGGAUUCAAGUGGUUCUCUUCCGCAACCGAUGGAGAUGUCGCGUUGGCGCUGGCGCGCACGAGCGACGAUCUCAAGCUCGGCUCCAAGGGUCUCUCGCUGUUCCUGAUCAAGAUCCGAGACGACACGACGGGCAAGCUCAACGGUAUCCGCGUACACAGGCUCAAACGCAAACUCGGCACCAAAUACCUGCCCACCGCCGAGCUCGAGUUGGACGGAUGCAUCGGCGAGUUGGUCGGCGAGAUCAGUCGCGGAGUCGCCACCAUCUCGUCCGUGCUCAACAUCACUCGACUCUAUUCCGCCGGUGGAGCGGUCGGUGCCCUCUCGUGGGGUCUACGUUCCGCCACCGCCUACGCUCAGAUUCGACCCGCUCUCGGUGGUGGGAAGCUGGACAAGCUUCCACUGCACACCGACCAACUCCUCAAAGUCACGGUAACCUACCGCGUGUUUCUGCAGAUCUUCUUCUCCAACGUGCUUCUCAUGGGAGCCAGCGAAUCCGGCCAGGCGAGCAAACGAGACCUCACACGUCUGCGACUCCUCACGCCUGCCCUGAAAGCCUUUGUUGCCACUCGAGCAUCCGAAUCCUACCUCACGCUGAUCGAGUCCUUCGGCGGUCAAGGCUAUAUGGAGGAGGUCGGGAUGGCCGAGAUGCUGCGCGAUUGCACCGUCGAGAGGAUCUGGGAAGGCACACCCGCCAUCCUCUCGCUCGACGUGCUUCGCGUUCUCGUCCAAUCCCGCGGUCAAGCCCUCAUCGAGUUUUUCCAAGACAUCUCCGCAAACCUCACCUCUCUCCCCUCCCAACUAUCCACUCAACUCGACUCCGAGAUCAAGUUUCUCUCCAGCAUCGUCCAGAAAACAGCUUCGAUCCUAACCACGCUCGACCUCGACCGACACGUGAAAACUACCGACCUCAGAUUCAGCCGAUACCUCCUAGACCUCAUCAUGGCCAUCCAAGGAUCAUCGCUGCUGCUCUCUCAUGCGGCUUGGAAGAUGACCACGUUUGCGCAGAGUGCAGAGCUGCAGUCUCUGGCGGAGGUCAAAGCGGAUGAGAGGGAAUUGCAGCAGGAUGUGCAUCUGAUCAGGCUGUGGAUCGGAGGCGCGAGCGGCGACGGUGGUGCAGCAGGAUUCGCUGAUUUGGCGAGAUUGGUGAGUCAGUUGGAGGCGAGCACGACAGAAGCGAAAGUGAAAGGCGAGGAUGCGGUAGACUUGGGUCACGGUUUGGUGUACUCCUGGGAUCAAGGGACGGCGAACGAGGUCAAGAGUCAUUUGUAG